CCGCUCGCCCACCCUCCCGGACCACCGUUCCCCCAGCGGCCGCAUCUGCCCCCGGCCGCCAGCUCCGGAGCUACCGUUAGCAAGCGGAGAACAAGGGAGAAGGACGUCGUUGUUUCCGUUGGAAUAUCUCCGCGUCAUGUCGCUUGGCUAAAUAAUUUGGUCCUCGGUGGGUGAAGAUGAAAUCACAGCUCCUCCGUGUCAACGCGGCUCCUGGAAGACACAUCCCCCCUCGCGAAGUCCGCCUUUUCAGCCCGACCUCGGUUAGCGAGUCCGUCCGUCCUGCCAAGCCAGAGGCUCCGCUGACCUCCGCCGCCGCUGGAGCUCUGUGAGACGGGGGACGCUCCGGACAAAGCCCGUCAGAUGUUGGACGGUGGGAACACAUCCUCGGACCCGCCGCGAUUUGAGACCAGGCUGUGGGGCUGAAUUGCCAAAAUCCGUCGUGGGAAGCACCGGGAAAAACCAAGGUGGAGGACCGAGGUCUAUUUUCAGAGAGGGUGAGAGCUCGGAUCUCUCACGGGGGGAAAGGGGCCGAGGAGCGGGGGGUGUGAGGAGGAGGAAGACCCGCAGAGAAGAAGGGACGUAGCGGGAGGAAGCUGCCGCUGCCAGUGAUGGCAAACGAGCCGAUCAUCCUAAACGUCUAUGAUAUGUACUGGAUCAAUGAGUUCACCAGCUCUAUGGGAAUCGGAGUGUUUCACUCAGGGAUUGAGAUCUAUGGAAGAGAGUUUGCCUAUGGCGGACACCCGUACCCAUUCUCAGGGAUCUUUGAGAUCACACCCGGCGAUGCCACUGAACUAGGCGACACCUUCAAGUUCAAAGAAGCCAUAGUCCUCGGCAGCACUGACUUCACAGAGGAGGAUGUGGAGCGGAUCGUGGAGGAGAUGGGGAAGGAGUACAAAGGCAACGCCUACCACCUCAUGCACAAGAACUGCAACCACUUCUCCUCAGCGCUGUCAGAGAUCCUGUGUGGCCGGGAGAUCCCUCGCUGGGUCAACCGUCUGGCUUACUUCAGCUCCUGCGUGCCCUUCCUCCAGACCUGCCUGCCCAAAGAGUGGCUGACCCCGGCCGCCUUACAGUCCAGCGUCAGCCAGGAGCUCCACGGGGCGGGAGAGCUGGAGGAGGCCGAGGACGCGGCCGCCUCCGCCUCGCUGGCCUCCAUGUCGCCCUGCUCACCCUCUUCUUCCUCCAGCCCCAACUCCUUGCCUCGUCACUCCCGCUACCAGCCCCGCCGAUAGGACCUGGGAAGCCUGCUGGGAAACACAGGGCUGGACCUGUGGUCAGCAAACAGAAUAGCUGAUGAGUCCAGCUACAGGCGGUCAGGUCCUGGACUGCUCCCUGCUCUGGGUAAGAACGUCGGCCAAAUCCCUGCAAUGAUCCAGAGCACUGGAAUCGUUUCUCCUCACAGGGGGAAGGAGAUCUCGCCGCUGGCAAAGGCUGGAUCGUCUCCCGGUGACCACGGCUGACCCCCCCCCCCACAAUUCACUGUUUCCCCCUCAAGACUCGUUCAUUAUUUUACCUGCCAUCUUACCGCGCAGGAUGGAAACAGGGCUGGUUUCUUUCUCCACCAAAGUGUUUCGUAACUUAGGAACAUUUACCAGCCACAUGUAGAUUUUACCAGCAGUUAUUUAAUGGAUGGUGCUAAACCCAGAAAGAGAGAACACUGAAAGGGAAGAGCAGGUCUGGAUCAUCUUAAAACCAUGAGUCCAAACCAAACGUCCCAAUAACCGUCUUAAUGGGGACAACUCUGACUUUUUUCUAAGGUUGUCGCUUCAACCUUGAACUCUGACACGGGCGGAACACAUACCACCCGUCAAUCGUUUUAAAGAUGUUUGCAGCUGAAUAAUCUAAAGCUGCUUUUAGACACAUUUUCAGGAGGUGCUUGUGUGUAAGAGUCAGUUGCUCCGGACAUUUUCUGGACCUUCUCCUGCCAGCCCCCCCUUCCUUAAAUAUCGAAACUGGAAGAAAAAGAGCAGCCGGAGAAGAAGACAACGAAGAUGUAAGAUUCACAAGACAAUGACAUUUGAGAGCUUUUGAGCGUGAGGGCCCUAAAACCAACCCCCCCCCCCCCUCUGAAUGAUCCCGGACAAUCUCCUGCUGUGUGUUUCAUAUGUAAAAGGAAAAGUUCACAAAAUGUCUGGACCCGAUUUUACGGAUAUUACUACGGAUUUCCUGUAUGAAAACGGCCCAACUGCUCUGAGCUCAGUCCGGCGAGAAGCCUUCACUUCCACGGGUGGAUUUAAGGCCCAGAGAGAGCUGUCAAUCAAAUCAAACAUGCAAUAAACAUCUAAUUCACCUCUCGUCGAGCACUGGUAUAAUUUGACUGUGGCUGGUAAAUAAAUUCUAUAUGAUUUGGUUUGUGAAAUGUUGAAAGCAGCCGGUGGAUUUUGGAUUUGAAACCCUUUUCCUCAGAAUGCUGUGCGUGUGUCGGGACCUCAGGCUUCUUUUUCUACCACAGAAAGCUGGAGAGACUUGAACCAAAACUACAAUCAGUCUCAAUAUCCAGACACAGAUGAACUGAUCCAGGACCAGAGUCUAAAUGGGAGGAAAAUCCCCAUCACACGUGGGAGGGGUUCAGUUCCAGCUCAUCUUUAAUGACACAGGUUUCAAACCUGUAUCAGCCUGUGAACUAAUAACUGGUUGUUCCUUCACCAAUAAUGGGAUCACGUCAAUUAUUUGGGUUGCAGCGAAGGGACUGAAAGGUUAGAAGAUUUUUAUAACCGAGAGGGUUCUGGGUUCUGCGAAAUAAAAUAGUGAAUUAUUUCUUAGUAGCAACUGCCAAGGUGCCUUUGAGCAAGGUACUUAACCUACAAGCUUCCCAGAGGCCAGCAGUAGAGGACUACUGUGGUUUUACUGGAGCGCUCCCAGUCGUCAUCAUCUGUAAGUGGGAAGCAAAGUGUUUCGUCUUCACUCCAGUAAGUUUAACUGACUUGAGGUCAGAGGUCAGACUCCUCAUGUCUGUUCAGUUAGGGAUGUCGCACACUGGUGUUAAUUUAAAGCAUCACAAAAUCAUGUCAAACUUUUAUUUUGAAAGAUUAUACUUAUGUAAUACUUACGUUGGAAAAACUGAUUGAAAUCAUCGCGUCGCUCUCGUUUAAUCACCUUAAAGAAACAAAUGAUGGGUUUACAAGACAAUGCUGCUUUUCCCCAAAAGACCAGCACCUCAUCUCAAACUCUCUAGAUGCUGUUAACACCACGUGUGCUGCACAAUGCGUGUCGUCCCAAAAAGGUGUCAAACAUGUGUCUCCGUUGAUUUGACAUGUUUCCCUGGACGCCUGAGCACCGGACGACAAGCAGGAAACUGUUUGUUUAAAUCCUUUAUUGUAUUUCGAUGAUAUUUUAUGGACUCUGGCCUUUUUGUCUGUUUUGUUUACGUUUGAUAAACUCAGGACUCAAAAAAGGCUUUGUAAUAUUUUCCUUUAAACUUUUUUAUCCCACGGUCUACGUUUGCGUUGCCGCUGCUUUUUCUACUGCAGUGGUCCCUCCGUAGAGCUUCUGAAGAGCGGGGCACUGUGGCGGUGCAGGUUUUAUACUCCUCUCUUUGAUUAGAGACAACAAGAAGCUUUUGUUUACAGCUCAGAUGUUUGUAUGUGUGCUGCUCUCGGUUUUCCUGUGUUUGCACACUUGUAUUAUACAGUAAGUGGUUCGUAUCAGCCAUCCACUGUUUAUCUAGAUUGAGGAAGCACCUCCCCUAAAACCAACCUUACCAGGAAAAUUUAACAAACAUCAGAGUGAUAAGAAGCACCUCAAAUGACAGAAUCCAUCUUUGAUAUAAAUGUAUUUUAACGUGUACAUUGACUGUUGACCUUUUUAUUCGGCCCGUGUCCCAUCCAAUAACAUGGCAGAGGUGGGGGUCAUGACCUUUAAUGCAUCCAGACACUUUGGCUUCACUUUUUGGGCAGGCGUCAUGUCGUCCAUCUUUAUAAACAGUUUAUGACGUCAAUAACCUGCCAACUGGGCCACACUUCUCCACAUCUCACACAUACACAAACACACACACACACACAAACACGUUCUCCCCCCCCCUUGCAGCGUUUCCAAGUUAUUUCUCUUUUAAUAUUCCUUAUCCUCAACCGAUUGGAUCUCUUUUAAGCGUUGAACCUUUUCUUCCUCCUCAACCCUGGAUUCAGGAGGUUUUCAGUUACAUGAUCUCGACUUUUAUUUUCUGAUAAACAAACCGAACAGAAUCAGUGUUAAAGCGCGACGCACUGUAAACCAGCACAUUCUUCUAAUUCACUCGAUACGAGACUCAUUUUAAAUGUUUUUUUGUAGUUCUGAAUGUGAAAACUUUACUUUGAAUGCACUGACACAGACUGACUCACACAUUUGUGUACUGCUAAUGUCGGUGCUAUUUGGUGGCUGGUAUCUGUACUGUUGUCUGCGUCACACAGACACUGGGGUUUUUCCUUUAACCUUCAUAGCGUCACAAGUUUCCUCAGUUCUUCUCAAGAGACAUUUGUUUAUCACAGAUUUCUUAUUUUCAAUGGAAUCCCUCUUUGAGUAGUAGUCGUUUUAAUGAUAAUAGUAAAUGUCCUGUCAAAUUGUUCUAGUUUCACCACACGUGUGAGCUAUGAAUGUUAAUGAGGAAACCCCAGAACACCCCCCCCCUCCAAAAAAGAAUGACUUCAGCUGUUUGUUGGUAAAUUGUAACAGAGACUUCAGAACAAAUUUAUACCCUUGUUUGAAAGUUAUUAAAGAGAAGAUCUGCAACUGUCA